AUGGUUCCAUCAUGGACUGAGGCUGCGGCGCGCUUCCUGGUAGCAAGAUUUCUCAACGGAUUCAUAUCCAUCGGCAGCUUGACACUGCUCGAAGAUGGGGGCAGCACGUUGAGCUUCGGUGAUGCCAGUGAAAAAUGCAAAGUAAAGUCGGUCCUACGAGUUCACGACCCCAUCUUCUACUGGAAGAUCGCAACGGAAUCUGACCUAGGUUUGGCAGAUGCCUACAUCAAUGGCUGGUGCUCUUUUCUCGAUGAGAAAGAAGGCCUCAUGAAUCUUUUCCUGAUUUUCAUUGCCAAUAGAGACAAGAGCAGCAGCAGCAACAUUGUCAGCAAAAGGGGCUGGUGGACACCCAUGCUUCUAACAGCUGGGGUGUCGUCUGCUAAAUAUUUCUUGCGCCACCUCUCGAGGAAGAACUCCGUAACACAAACUCGUCGAAACAUCUCACAGCAUUAUGAUCUGAGUAACGAUUUCUUCUCGCUUUUUCUGGACAAAUCGAUGACCUACUCCUGUGGAAUUUUCAAGGAGGAGGACGAAAGCUUAGAAGCGGCCCAGCUACGUAAACUUAGCCUUCUAAUUGAAAAGGCUAAAGUCGAGAGGGAUCAUCAAGUUCUUGACAUCGGCAGCGGUUGGGGAAGCUUAGCGAUAGAGCUGGUCAAGCAAACUGGCUGCAAAUACACUGGAAUAACUCUCUCGGAGGAACAGCUUAAAUACGCCCAGAGGAAAGUGAAAGAAGCUGCCUUAGAGGAUCACAUAACUUUCCUGCUGUGCGACUACCGUGAAAUACCAGCUCGCAAAUAUGACAGGAUCAUCAGCUGCGAGAUGAUUGAACACGUUGGCCAUGAAUACAUGGAUGCAUUUUUUACCUGCUGCAAGUCUCACUUAACUGAAGAUGGAAUAUUUGUUCUCCAGGCCAUCACAAUGCCCGACGAACUUUACGAGGAGUACAUUAGAAGCCCAGGCUUCAUAAAAGAAUACAUCUUCCCUGGGGGUUCGCUUCCUUCUUUGUCCCGUAUAAAGUCUAUUUCCGCUUCAUCUGGGCUCAGCAUAGAGAACCUUGAGGAUUUUGAUGGGGACCACUAUUACCGAACCCUGAGAAGCUGGAGGGACAACUUAAUGACCAACAAAGAUGAAAUUUCGGCGCUAGGGUUUGAUGACAGGUUCAUCCGUACAUGGGAGUACUACUUCCUGUAUUGUGCAGCUGGUUUCAGGACACAAACACUCGGAGAUUGCCAGGUUGUAUUUUCUCACGCGGGAAAUGAUAAGCUGGCCAUGGAUUUGAUGACUGAUGCAUGAUCCUCUAUAUAACUUG